AUGGACACGCAGCGUGACGCUGAUCUGACUCGCAUCUCUGUUGACUCGCUGCAAGACUGGCUACGAAUCAAAGACAGUUAUACUCAAGCAGCCCUUGCGUCGCUGGAUGAUGAGCUGCGAGGAAGCAGAUUAGCAGCUGAGAGAGAUGUGCUCAUUAUGCAUCUGCAGCAGUUUGUUGACAGAACAUUUGACAUGACACGGCCGAACCUCCGGGUCAAUGGUCGCAAUUUCGAGGAACUCGACACGGAAGAACAAGGUGUUGAGCCCUUUGACGAAGGCUUCGAUAGGCACAUCUGGUCUCUCGCUGAGCAGAGCUUGAAGUGGGAUCGGGAGAUUGCAGAGAAACGUCGG